AUGGCACAUCAAUUUGUUGAGGUGGAGGCUAUUGUUGCUGAGAUGGAAGAUAAAAUGGCAUAUGAAGAUGGUGAGGUGGAGCCUACUGUUGCUGAGAACAAUGAACAUGCCAAUUCUGGGGUGGAUCUUGAUGACCUUGAUCUACAUGAAAGGGAAUACAAUUUUUCUGACAUUGAAUCAACAUAUGCUCCAAGUGAUGAAUUUCAAAGUUUAAAGGGCUCAUCUGAAGAUGAAGAUGAGGAAGAGAAUAAUGAUGGAGGCCGGCAGAAUCCAAGGGUUAAUGGCUUUGAAGUGGGAAAAAAAUAUGAAUCAGCAGAAAAGUUCAGAGUAGACUUGAGGGCUCAUGCUAUUAGUGAGAAGUAUGACAUUAGAUUUGUGAAGAAUAAACGAGAAAGAAUUACUGCCAAAUGUGCUUCUGAUUAUGGGUGGAGGAUACAUGCAUCAAUCAACACUGAAGAUGGCAGUUUUGAGAUAAAGACAUUCAAUUCAACUCAUCAUUGCUCUUAUACUAAAAUUAACAAGCAAGCAUCGUCUUCUUUCUUGGCAAAAAAAUACAUAGAGACCUUGAGGGAUGAACCUGCAUGGAAGACUGAUGCAAUGAAAAAGGCUGUUUUGAGGGAUUUGGAUGUGAUUGUUUCUGGCUCCAAGGUUUAUAGAGCAAAGAAGAAAGCAGUCUCACACAUUGAGGGGAACCAUGGGUCACAAUUCAGAAGAGCAAUGAGCAAAAGUUUUUUAGAAGGGUGCAGACCAUUCAUUGGAGUGGAUGGAUGUUUUUUGAAAGGUCCUUACAAAGGCCAACUCUUAAGUACACUUGGAAGGGAUGGAGACAAUGGGAUUUUUCCUAUUGCUUUUGCUGUGGUAGGAUCUAAAACAAAGCAGUCAUGGAAGUGGUUCAUGGAACAACUAGAGAAGGCUUUGGGUUUAUUACAUCGGUUUACAUUUAUGUUUGAUAGACAGAAGGGAUUAGUUGACACUUUUGAAGACAUGUUGCAUGGUUGUCAUCAUAGAUAUUGUGUAAAACACAUGUAUGAAAAUUUUAAAAAGAAGUUUAAAGGGGUGAAGUUGAGAAAUGAGAUGUGGAAUGAAUCACGUGCACUUACUGAGAGUGUAUUUAAGUAUCACGUGCAGAUUAUAAAGGACAUUGAUAAGGGAGCCUAUGAGUGGCUUGCAAAUGUGCCUCCUAGGUUAUGGUCAAGGCAUAAAUUUGAGGAUAAUUCAGAGUGUGAUUUAGUUGUCAACAAUCUCGCUGAGACAUGGAAUGACAAAAUUGGUGAUGCUAGGGACAAACCACUCAUUACUAUGUUGGAGUGGAUUCAUGGUUAUUUGAUGCAUCGCAAUCAGUCUAAAAGGCAGUGGAUUCAGAAUCAGACUGGGUUUUUGUGCCCUACCAUAGCAACUGACUUAAAGAACCUAAUAGAUGACUGUGGACAUUGUACUACCAGAAAGGCAGGUGCUGAUAUUUUUAAGGAUUACUAUAAAGGUGUUAAUGAGGGUGUUAACUUAGCAAAUAGAACAUGUAGCUGUCGAGAAUGGGAUGUGAAAGCUAGUGUACUGCCGGACCAUAUAGAUAUACAAAAUGAAGCUGAUGCAAGAGCAAGAGGAGCUGGAGGUAAUGAAGCUGAUACAAGAGGAAGAGGAGCCAGAGGUGGUGCAAGAGGAAGAGGGGCUGGAAGGGUUAUAGCUAUCACUAAAAGGCAACUACAGAAAGUAUAUUGUUUAAAUUACUCUGUAGAUGGCAGCACACACCUUUUGUAUUUUCGUAUGGUUUAUUUCUUUGAUGGUACAACGGUUUAUGUCUGUGAUGGUACAAUGGUUGAUGUCUGUGAUUGUACAAUGGUUGAUGUCUGUAAUGGUACAAUGGUUUAUAUUGCUUAUGCUAUAAUGUUGUGUUCUAUUAUUGCACUUGUGUUACAGUGA